AUGAGUGGGGACGCAGAAAUGGAGUGUUUUGGCAAAGCUGCCUUAUACCUCCGGAAACCUGAAAAGGAGAGAAUAGAGGCUCAAAACACCCCCUUUGACGCAAAAACUGCGUAUUUUGCGACAGAGCCCAAAGAAAUGUACCUGAAAGGGAAACUGGUGAAGAAGGAAGGUGGCAAAGCCACAGUUGAGGUUGCAGGUGGAAAGGUAUGUCAACAUGUAUUGAGUAAAAUGAUUUGACAGUUUGUGCAGGAAUCAGUAGCAUUAUCUUCAUUAAAUUAUGCUGUAUGGUCUUUGAGCUCUUUCUUGAUUGUUUUGGUUUAGACCCUCACAGUCAAAGACGAUGAGAUCUUCCCCAUGAACCCUCCAAAGUUCGAUAAAAUCGAGGACAUGGCCAUGAUGACCCACCUCAGUGAACCCUCUGUGCUCUAUAACCUCAAAGAGCGUUAUGCAGCAUGGAUGAUCUACGUAAGGCUCGUCAAUCACACUAUGUAAAGUUUAUAAUGCAAGUCUGGAAAUUUAUUUAGAUUUUUAUAUCCCCUCCUCCAACCAGACCUACUCUGGGCUGUUCUGCGUCACUGUGAACCCCUACAAGUGGCUCCCAGUGUACGACGCAAUUGUUGUGGCAGGAUACAGAGGGAAGAAGAGGAUUGAGGCUCCGCCCCAUAUUUUCUCCAUCUCUGAUAAUGCCUAUCAGUUCAUGCUCCAAGGUAUCAGCUUCAGAGAUACAGACUGGUCUCUUUAUAAGGAGCCAGGCUCUCUUUUUUUUUUUUUUCAUAUUUUUCCUUAUGUUCCUAUCGCUAACACUGCAUUUUAGCGUUAUUCUGUGACUGGUUUUGAACUUUAAAAGAGUAUUGUUAUUUGAAAUAUGUCACUGCUACAAUAAUGCAUUAUGUGUGAUGAACUUCUCCCUACAGAUCGUGAGAACCAGUCAAUUCUGAUCACGUAAGUCAGCACUGAAGAGGACUGAUAUAACUCAACAUGACACCCUCUGUAUUGUGUUAUGUCUAAAUUACAAGUGUUCUGUGUUAAACUGUAUUUUAGCGGAGAAUCUGGUGCAGGAAAGACUGUCAACACCAAACGUGUCAUCCAGUACUUUGCGUUAGUCGCAGUGUCUGGAAAGAAGCAGGAGCCGACUCCUGGAAAAAUGCAGGUAGAUGGUGUAAUAAACUUUAAAAGUUUGUGCUAUCAAGAGAAAUAAAAAUUUUUGAAAAUGUUUUGCAACACUGUCUCUAGGGAUCACUGGAAGAUCAAAUCAUUGCAGCUAAUCCCCUACUGGAAGCUUACGGUAACGCCAAAACUGUGAGGAAUGACAACUCAUCCCGCUUUGUAAGUAUUUGUUCACAAAGUUAUUUAGUGAAUGUGAGACCGUCACAAAUACGCCCAUUAUUCACAUGACUGAAUUCUCCUUCAGGGCAAAUUCAUUCGAAUCCACUUUGGAUCGACUGGAAAGCUGGCCUCAGCUGAUAUUGAAACAUGUAAGCCUCCGGCCUUUUUCUUACCCUGGAGAUUUAAAGAGUGGGAAAACUGUGAACGAUCUUAUUUCUUUGUUUGUUAGAUCUGCUGGAGAAGUCCCGAGUGACGUUCCAGCUGUCUGCUGAGCGGAGCUACCACAUCUUCUAUCAGCUCAUGACAGGCCACAAACCUGAGCUGAUAGGUGAGCAACGAGACAUGUACUGCUGUAUACAUCAUUCUAAUAUUUUUACACACUAUACCAAACAAUACAACAAAUCUUUUUCAGAUGGUCUUCUCAUAACCAAAAACCCGUACGACUUUCCCAUGAUCAGUCAGGGUGAAAUCAGCGUCAAAAGUAUCGAUGAUGUUGAAGAAUUCAUCGCAACUGAUGUGAGGACGCAAUCUGUGGAGUUCAGACUCUCUUACUGUAAGGUUCCUCAGGUGACAUCUGUUAUUUCCUUCUCUAGACUGCCAUUGACAUCCUGGGCUUCACUGCAGAGGAGAAGAUGGGGAUUUACAAGCUGACUGGAGCUGUGAUGCAUCAUGGAAACAUGAAGUUCAAGCAGAAGCAGCGUGAAGAGCAGGCUGAGCCUGAUGGCACUGAAGGUAGCUGCUGGAGUUACAUUUCUGGAUAUCAUAGAAAUGCAUUCAGUGUUGUAGCUGCACAACUUUAAGUUUUUCCUUUUUUCUAAACAUAGCUCAUCUAUGAAAGAGGAUUAGGGCCACAAGAAGAGAAAAAAAUAACUACAGGAGGGAGAGUUUUUAAAUUUGCAUUUUGAGGUUAAAGUCAAAAUUUUGACAUUAAAAAAAUAAAAUGUUGAGAUUAAAGUUGAAAUUUCGAGAUUAAAGUCGAAAUUUAAAAAUGUCAAAAUUCCGACUUUAUUCAUGUCGACUUUAAUCUCGAAAUUUCAACUUUAAUCUCAACAUUUUAUUUUUUUAAUGUCAAAAUUUUGACUUUAUUCAUGACAUUUUGUAAUCUCGAAAUUUUGACUUUAAUCUUGAAAUUUUAAAUUUUAAUCUCGAAAUUUGGACUUCACUCUCAAAAUAUUCUGUAAUUAUUAUUUUUUUCUUCAUGUGGCCAUAAUCCCCUUUUGUACUCAUCUGUUACAUUUGUUUAUUAGACAAUACUCUCUGUGUUUGAGAAUAGUUGCUCUGUAAAAGUAUGCCUGUUUUGGCCGAACCUAAUCUACAGUAAAGAGUCCUGAGAGCUGGAGGAUGGUUAGAGUUUCUACCUGUGGUUAAGGGAUUAAGAAAGAAUGUGAGAAUAUGUUUAAACACAUCUGAUUUGGGGUAGACUCUUUCCAGAGUCUCGACCCAGACGAUGCAAGACUGUUUGGAGCUUUAAGAAUUUCACAGAGGGAACUUAAAGGCCUGUGUGGAAAAAAAAAGUAUCUAGGGUUAUAGGCAAGCCUGCUGUCAUAGCAUCUAAUAAAUCUAACUUAUAGCACAGGAUGAUUGUUCUUUUUUUUGUGUAGUUUCUGUAAUAAUUUCAGUAUCGGUUUAUUUACUGAUGAUUUUGGUAUGUGCUUUUUUUAGAGGCUGACAAAAUCGCCUACCUCAUGGGCCUGAACUCUGCUGACAUGCUCAAGGCUUUAUGUUACCCAAGAGUGAAGGUUGGCAAUGAGAUGGUGGUGAAAGGUCAAACUGUGGCACAGGUAACCUACAUAGUUGAUAAACAUAUAUAUCUAUACAGCAGUGAAACUAUACCUCUUGUUUCACGUAGCCUUUCUUUCUAUUUGUAGGUGAACAACGCGGUGAUGGCUCUCUGCAAGUCUGUCUAUGAGAAAAUGUUCUUGUGGAUGGUGGUCAGAAUUAAUGAGAUGUUGGAUACCAAGCAGCCCAGGAACUUCUUCAUCGGUGUCCUGGAUAUUGCUGGGUUUGAAAUCUUUGAUGUAAGUUUAUAAAAAGUUGCAUUUGUGUUUUCUCAAAGGAACCAGCAGCAAUAAAUGUUUCAAUCUACUUUCUCUCCCUGUAGUACAACAGCUUGGAGCAGCUGUGCAUCAACUUUACUAAUGAGAAACUGCAACAGUUUUUCAACCACCACAUGUUUGUGCUGGAGCAAGAGGAGUAUAAGAAAGAGGGAAUUGAAUGGGAGUUCAUUGACUUCGGUAUGGAUUUGGCUGCCUGCAUUGAGCUGAUCGAGAAGGUGGGUGAUAUUUUUGAUGUUCUUAAACCCUGAUAACUCUGCGAUGACUUCAAAAUUUUAGUUUCAAAUAAUCAUCUCAUUACGACAGCCGAUGGGCAUCUUCUCCAUCCUUGAAGAGGAGUGCAUGUUCCCCAAGGCAACAGACAUGACCUUCAAGAACAAAAUGUUCGACCAGCAUAUCGGGAAAAGUGCUCCCUUCCAGAAACCCAAACCAGCCAAAGGCAAAGCUGAGGCUCAUUUCUCCCUGGUGCAUUAUGCUGGCACUGUUGACUACAAUGUCACUGGCUGGCUUGAUAAGAACAAAGACCCUCUGAACGACUCAGUUGUUCAGCUCUACCAGAAGUCUUCAAUGAAGUUGCUGGCUAACCUCUAUGCAUCACAUGCUGCAACAGAUGGUAGGUAGUUUUUGAACGUUUCAUCCUCAAGCCGCCAGACAACAAACAAUAUGGAGGGAAAAUUUCCAGAGAAGUGUAAUUAAAUAAAUUGUUAGUUGAGUUUUUUUCUUCAGAAACAAACAGGAGAAGCUAACGAGAUUUGUACACGGACAGUGCCAAAUAAUCAGCAUCAAAUAUUAUUUUAAUCGCAAACAAGAAUGUCAAUCUGUUUCACAGAUAGUAAAGGUGGUGGAAAGAAGGGAGGCAAAAAGAAGGGUGGCUCCUUCCAGACUGUCUCAGCUCUUUUCAGGGUAAUUUAGUUUUUCAUACAAAGAUUUCAAAGACUCUUUCACCUGAUGUAUCAGUGAAAAUUGAGGUCAAACAAAUGCUAUCUUCUUCAACAGGAAAACUUGGGCAAGCUGAUGACCAACUUGAGGAGCACUCAUCCACACUUUGUGCGAUGUCUGAUUCCCAAUGAAUCAAAAACACCAGGUAACUGAGGCUUUUGUGUUUGUCAUCACUACUGAGCGUGUAAAUCCCUUGGAUUAGGUUACAGUCACUUUGUAAAGCCUGCACCUAGAACCUUAAAUUGUACAAAGAAGUCAUGUCGCUCAUGUGAAGUUUUUUUUCUUCUGUCUUAGGUCUCAUGGAGAACUUCCUGGUCAUCCACCAGCUGAGGUGUAACGGAGUCCUGGAGGGAAUCAGGAUCUGCAGGAAAGGUUUCCCCAGCAGAAUCCUCUAUGGUGACUUCAAGCAGAGGUACAGUAGCUGUUGCUUCACCUGUUAGUUUAGAUGUGUUUAUUCUGUUCUGUUGAUGAUCCGACUGAAUCGAUUCCUUUUAGAUACAAAGUACUGAAUGCUAGUGUCAUCCCCGAGGGGCAGUUCAUCGACAACAAGAAGGCCUCAGAGAAACUGCUGGAAUCCAUAAAUGUGGACAAAUCACAGUAUAAAUUUGGCCACACCAAGGUAAAUACACAGAUGUACUGCAUUAUAAAACGGUAUCACAGUGUUACUUAAUGAAGACAAAGAGGUUUGUUUGUUUAAGAAUGUGUUUUUCUGUUUUAGGUGUUCUUCAAGGCCGGACUGUUGGGCACACUUGAGGAGAUGAGAGAUGAGAAGCUGGUUGAACUGGUGAUGAUGACUCAGGCUCUCUUCAGAGGUUACCUCAUGAGACGAGAGUUUGUCAAAAUGAUGCAAAGAAGGUGAGAUUUUAUUUACUUUUUUUUGUUUUGUUUAAUUUGGGGACCUUCUUUUCCCUCUAGGUAGGAAAGGGGGAUGAACAGUGCUCUGCAUAAAUAAGUACACCCCUUCAAAGUUGUCAGAAAACCUUUAGUUUCCUUUCAAAAUCAUCAUUUCGUAUGUCAGACUGUACAACAAAAUACUCCCCCAAAUGUAGGCCAUUAAUUGCUAUUUUUUUUCAGGAUGCAAAAAUGAGUACAACCAAAUCAAAGUUCUGGGAGCAAAGCUAAAUUUCAGUCACCAUAUCACCCUUAUUUUCAUCUUAUGGUAAAUAAAAUGUUAUGUCCAACUCAGCUUUGUCAAAAUUUUGGAAAUUGUACUUUUGCUCAUCUAGAUAUUGAGUAAUACAUUACUUUUAAUAGGGGGUGUACUGACUCAUGCUGGGCGCUGUAAAUGUUGCAAAGAGCAGCAAGUUUCGUUUGAAUCUGGGCCGCCCACUUCAGAGCAAUAGCCUCUGUACACAGAACAAGGGAUUCAGCAGCAAGACAAAUCAGUGCUCUAGUGGGCUCAUUAUUUUUGCAUUCAUUAGUGCGUAUCGCUAACAUUGUUGUUUUUCGUUUCAUAUCUUUAUCAACAAACUAUUUCAUUCUGCUUUAUAUUGAGGUAGAAGAUACUGGGCAGACAAGAGCUUUCCCUGUGGUAAGGGGAGGCUUCAACAUUUGUGACCUUUUCAUAGUUUGACUUCUUUCAUGCAGAGAUGAGGCGCAGUAUAUUGACAGCUGUUAGACAUCAGGAAAUGAACAGAAGAGAUUUUUUCGUCUUGAUUAAUCUGCGUAUGUUGUGGGCAGCGUUUUCUAUAGUGAUGGCCAGGAAAUGCACAUUUACAGCUAUGAAUACUGUCACACAUUGUCUCUCCCUUUUUUCAAGGAAAGCAGACUAAAGCAGACUGCCCUAGCUUGUUAGCCGACAUAUUGAAAAAAAUAACAUUCAUGCUUUUUACUGUCUUGUAUUUUCAGAGAGGCCAUCUACUCCAUCCAAUACAACAUCCGCUCAUUCAUGAAUGUCAAAACGUGGCCAUGGAUGAAGCUCUACUUUAAGAUUAAGCCUCUGCUGAAGAGCGCAGAGACUGAGAAAGAGAUGGCGCAGAUGAAAGAGGACUUUGAAAAAACUAAAGAGGAGCUAGCAAAGGCUCUAGCGAAGAAAAAGGAGCUGGAGGAAAAGAUGGUUACUCUCGUUCAGGAGAAGAAUGACUUGCAGCUGCAAAUUCAAUCCGUACGUAAAAAGCAUGAGAAGGUUUCUUCACACCAGAGGAUCUGAUGUGUACACAUAAUACAAUGUCCUUUCAAAUGUAGGAAAUGGAAACUCUCAGUGAUGCAGAGGAAAGAUGCGAGGGGCUCAUCAAAGCCAAAAUCCAGCUCGAGGCCAAAGUCAAAGAGGUAGCUGAGAGACUGGAGGAUGAGGAGGAAAUAAAUGCUGAGCUGACGGCAAAGAAGAGGAAGCUGGAGGACGAGUGCUCUGAGUUGAAGAAAGACAUCGAUGAUUUGGAGCUCACCCUGGCGAAAGUGGAAAAGGAGAAACAUGCCACUGAGAACAAGGUUCACAUCCCUUCAUUUAUAAUUCUUAAACUGCACUGAUUAGAUAACAACUGUGAUCAAAUACUUAUAUUAAUUCUGCCGUUAAGGUUAAAAACCUUCUGGAAGAAAUGACAGCUCAGGAUGAGACCAUCGCCAAGUUGACCAAAGAAAAGAAAGCCCUCCAAGAGGUCCAUCAGCAGAUCCUAGAUGAUCUCCAGGCAGAGGAAGACAAAGUCAACACUCUGACCAAGGCUAAGACCAAGCUGGAGCAACAAGUGGAUGACGUAAGCUGCUGCUUUUUUAAUCGAGUACAAAUAAUUUAAUUCUUCUUUACCUAUAGGCGCUUGUCACACUUAAUGUUCAUGUACUAGCUUGAAGGUUCUUUGGAGCAAGAGAGGAAACUCCGCAUGGAUCUUGAGCGAUCCAAAAGGAAGCUCGAGGGGGAUCUGAAACUGGCCCAUGAAUCCAUAAUGGAUCUGGAGAACGACAAGCAGCAGUCUGAGGAGAAAAUCAAGAAGUAGGUAGAAGGAAAAAACUUUUUUUAAUCACCACACAGAUCCAAAUUUUCAGGGAAAAUCUAACAUUUGUUUUUAUUUUUGCAAACAAAGGAGGGACUUUGAGAUAAGCCAGCUUCUCGGCAGGAUAGAGGAUGAACAGGCAGUCGAUGCUCAACUUCAAAAGAAGAUCAAGGAACUGCAGGUAAUGUGUUUGGGCCAUGUGUAUGUUAGUUUCAUGGGAUGUGACAUAUAUAUAUAUCAUAAAUCUUAAAAGAAAAAGUGAGAGGUUACCAGAGUUCGAUUAUGUAUCUUAUUUUGUUUCACAGGCUCGUAUUGAGGAGCUGGAGGAGGAGAUCGAAGCUGAGCGUGCUGCUCGGGCCAAAGUAGAGAAGCAGAGGUCGGAUCUCUCCAGGGAACUUGAAGAGAUCAGCGAGAGGCUCGAAGAAGCAGGUGGAGCAACAUCGGUGCAGAUCGAGAUGAACAAGAAGCGCGAGGCCGAGUUUCAGAAGCUGCGCCGUGACCUUGAAGAGUCUACCCUGCAGCAUGAGGCCACUGCCGCCGCCCUCCGCAAGAAGCAGGCCGACAGCGUGGCAGAGCUGGGAGAACAGAUCGAUAACCUCCAGAGAGUCAAACAGAAGCUGGAGAAAGAGAAGAGUGAAUGCAAGAUGGAGAUUGAUGACCUCAGUAGCAAUAUGGAGUCCAUCGCCAAAUCCAAAGUAAAAAAAGCUUUUGUUUUUUGAUGAUGUUGUGUCAACUAUGGAAACAUUACUAUUAAAUUAAAAACAUGUAAUUGAUCCAAAGGUCAACAUGGAGAAAAUGUGUCGCUCACUUGAGGAUCAACUAAGUGAACUCAAGACCAAGAACGAUGAGCAUGUGCGUCAGUUAAACGAUAUUAAUGUUCAAAGAUCAAGACUGAUGACUGAAAAUGGUGAGUGUAGCGUCUCAGAUGAGAUUGAUAAAAGAAAAAAACACACAACAAUGCAUGUUUGCACUUGUUCUUAAUCAUAGGUAAUGAUUUAUUCUUCUGUAUCUGUAAUCAGGGGAAUAUAGUCGUCAACUGGAGGAAAAGGAGUCUCUUGUCUCUCAGCUGACAAGAGGAAAACAAGGUUUUAUUCACCAAAUUGAAGAGCUCAAAAGACAGCUUGAGGAAGAAAUGAAGGUACUGCUCAAUGGAUUUUAAAAUCUGAAAACAUAAAAACGAUGUCAUUUAUUCCCAAUCACGGUGAAACUGACCACGAGGAUUUCAUUGGUAGGCCAAGAGCGCCCUGGCUCAUGCUGUUCAGUCAUCUCGCCAUGACUGUGAUCUGCUCAGAGAGCAGUUUGAGGAGGAGCAGGAGGCCAAAGCUGAGCUUCAGCGUUCAAUGUCCAGGGCUAACAGUGAGGUGGCUCAGUGGAGAACAAAAUAUGAGACUGAUGCCAUUCAGCGCACUGAGGAGCUGGAGGAGGCAAAGUAAUGAACAGUCCUGGAAUCUCUCAGGUUUUCUUCAGCACGUGUUCUUUAAAUCAUGUUAAAAUCCUGUUCUCUGCACGUUUUAUUAGGAAAAAACUCGCCCAGCGUCUUCAGGAUGCAGAGGAAUCCAUCGAGGCUGUAAAUGCAAAAUGUUCCUCCCUGGAGAAGACCAAACAGAGACUGCAGGGUGAGGUGGAGGAUCUAAUGAUUGACGUGGAGAGAGCCAACGCUCUGGCUGCCACCCUUGACAAGAAACAAAGGAACUUUGACAAGGUUUGAUAUUUCUGCAGCAGAUAGGCUCAGCUGGUUCACAGGAGGUUACAGAUAACACUCACUUUUCUUGUUCAGGUUCUUGCUGAAUGGAAGCAGAAGUAUGAGGAGAGUCAGGCAGAGCUUGAGGGAUCUCAGAAAGAGGCUCGCUCAUUGAGCACAGAGAUGUUUAAACUGAAAAACUCCUAUGAAGAAGCUCUGGACCAUCUGGAAAACCUGAAGAGGGAGAACAAGAAUCUGCAACGUAAGAAAAGAAACCCUGCAUAACAUUUAAACAAAUAUACCCUAAAUGAAAUGAUUUAAAGAGUUACCGAAACUUCUAUUUAAGAGUUUUAAUCUUAGAUUUAUGAUGCAUGUUGGAUAAUUUGUGGGUUUCUUCUUUAAACAGAGGAAGUUACUGAUCUGACUGAACACAUCGCUGAAACGGGAAAGACAAUUCAUGAACUGGAGAAGGCGAAGAAGACAGCAGAAAUUGAGAAAGCAGAAAUUCAAACUGCUUUGGAGGAGGCAGAGGUAUUCAAUAUGACUUAUCUGCAAAAGAAAUAAUCAACCAAAGAAUUUCCAGAGGUCUUAGGUUAACAAUUCAUUUUUCAGGCCACACUGGAACACGAAGAGUCAAAGAUGAUCCGUGUCCAGCUGGAGCUCACCCAGGUGAAAAAUGAGGUCGACAGAAAACUUGCUGAGAAGGACGAGGAGAUUGAGCAGAUCAAGAGGAACAGCCAGAGAGUGAUCGACACCAUGCAGAGCACUUUGGAUGCCGAGAUCAGGAGUAGAAAUGAAGCCCUGAGAAUCAAAAAGAAGAUGGAGGGAGACCUCAACGAGAUGGAGAUUCAGCUGAGCCACGCCAACCGGCAGGCAGCUGAGGCCCAGAAACAGCUGAGGAACGUGCAAGGACAGCUGAAGGUAUCAUGGUGUAUCAAACAAAAAAGCUGGUGUAGCUUUAGUCUUUAUUUGGCCUGCACUGAAGAUGAGUAUUUCAUUUUUCAUUUAGGAUGCCCAACUGCACCUUGAUGAAGCUCUCAGAGGUCAGGCUGACCUGAAGGAGCAGGUUGCCAUAGUGGAGCGCAGAAACAACCUGAUGCUGGCUGAAAUUGAGGAGCUGAGAGUUGCUCUGGAGCAGACCGACAGGAGCCGCAAAAUAGCUGAGCAGGAGCAGGUAGACGCCAGCGAGCGUGUGGGGCUGCUGCACUCUCAGGUAUAACUGCUGUGUUCAGUAAGUCCCUGCUAUGUGAAAGUUCAGUAAUUUAGAAAGUAAUGAGAUUAGAAACACAUUUUUUUGCCCUCAGAACACCAGCCUCAUCAACACGAAGAGGAAACUGGAGGCUGAUCUCGCCCAGGUCCAGGGUGAAGUGGAAGAUGCUGUUCAAGAAGCAAGAAACGCUGAAGAAAAGGCCAAGAAGGCCAUCACUGAUGUGAGCUCUGUCAAGUUAUAAUGUAUAUGCUGCUUUAACAAUAAUAAUAAUAAUAAUAAUAAUAAUAAUAAUAAUAAUAAUAAUAAUAAUAAUAAUAAUAAUAAUAAUAAUAACAAUAUUAAUAAUGAUAACUUUUUUUUUUUUUAGCACUUUAAAAAAAAGAAGUUUCCAUGUGCUUUGAAAAAUAGUCAUAAAGCACAUGGAAACAAAGAAAAAUAAAAACAAAAAAAGUCAGUUAAAACGGAAUUAAAGGCCAUUUUCAUAUGUCAUAAGGAACUGAGACAAUACAAGAACCAUGCAUCAUAAAAUGAGACCAUGAGGACCAAAAUAUAAACAUAAAAUAGGUGAGAAAAAGAAAAUGCAAUAAAAAGGGGGGUUGAAAGCAGAAAACAGGAGAGUAAAUAUAAAAGACAAUAUUGAUUAUGAUAAUAAAAUAAUAACAAAAUAAUAAUGAUAAUAAUAGUAAUGAUAAAAUAGAAGAACAGAAAUGAGCAAGAGAUAAAAUAAUAAAAAGGCCCCUAACAGUUGGUCAGAGACUGGGACUCACAGUUACCAACUCAAGACACAUAAUCAGGGACUGUGGAGCAGCUGAUUAUGGCAUGAAAUUUAAUUAGAAAUCGUUAUCAUGUAAACACUUACCUUUUUAUUGGAAUAUAAUAACAGAUAAAUAAUAAAAAAAUAAAUAAUGAAAAAAAUAAAAAAGCAGAAAGACACAAAGAAGAUGUUUAGCUUGUAUUGGAUACCAUGAACAAAACAGUGUAAUAUACUCUGUAUAUAUGGUGGAUGCAGAUGUCAGCUGAACAAAGGCAGAUAUUAAGUUGAUACUUGAUUAUUGACCAAUUUUUAAAGAGUUUUUCUCCCAAAGGGAACAUGGGAAAUUAUUUAAAUGACUAAACAUGUGCGUCACAGGAGACAUUAUGACAUUUGUUUCAUUUACGUCACAGUUUCAUUCAUUUAUUGUUACGGCUGAACAUAGCGCUCUAACAACUGACAACUUUGUUUUAGAUUUGACUUGUAGAUGAGGUCUAUUUUUUCCUGACCAUUUUACUGAAAGAUAGCUACAGACAUGAAGACUUUUUGUCUAUUAAAACUAUUUAUUCUGUAAGAAACAGCCUUUUCUAAAACACAGAGAGCUUCAAAAGUCUCAAGUGCAGCCUCUACCGGGUCUUCUUACUACUUCUUACUGUUUAGGCUGCCAUGAUGGCUGAAGAGUUGAAGAAGGAGCAGGACACCAGCGCCCAUUUGGAACGAAUGAAGAAGAAUAUGGAGGUGACAGUGAAGGACCUGCAGCACCGCCUGGAUGAAGCUGAGAGUCUGGCUUUGAAGGGAGGCAAGAAGCAGAUCCAGAAACUGGAGGCCAGGGUAAAUUCCCCUCCUAAAUGAAACAUUUGCAAUCAUGGUGUUGAUAUUUUGUGUAUGAUAUAUCUUGUCAAAAAUCAUAAAAACCUCAAUUCUUAUCAUUAAGGUCCGAGAGCUUGAGUCUGAGUUUGAUGCUGAGCAGAGACGUGGAGCUGAAGCUGUGAAAAGUGUCCGCAAAUAUGAGCGCAAAGUGAAGGAGCUGACCUACCAGGUACAGACAACAUGAAGUUACAUCUCUAACUUAACAUCUAUGAAACUCAUAUUGUGCUCUGCUGUAUUUCUAUCAUUCAUACUGUAAAUCUAAACUGCAUGUAAAGAAUACAUGUAGAGUAUAUUUCAUACCCCUAGAGGGCAUGAAUCACCAUCAAAUGCCUGAGGCUCCAACAGAGCUCGACAUACUGAGGUGCUACAGAACAGACUGCGGCUAAUAAUAGACAUUCUAGUGUACAGACACAUCCAUAAAUACCUGCGGUUAUGUGUUUACAGUAAUGUGACUGCUAGUGUGACAUUUAUAGAGAUGCUUCACAAGUUUUCACCAUGAAAAACUGCACAGAAGGGGAGCUGACUCUCAAACACUCGUGCAGCUUCACUCUGCAGCACUGAUUGAAGAUAACUCUCAAGAUGACGAUAUCUAAAUGUGUCCACUGUGCCGCAUUAUUUCAUGUCUUACGCACUUGUUGCAUUAUCCGGAUGUACAAACUCUUAUCAGUGUGACUUCAUUGUGCCGUACUGAUGUGCUGUGUGCUCGUUUGUGGGUUUGUGGUGAUGGUGUUUGCUUUAGUGUGGGUUUCAAUCAGAUUCUUCUGUAUGCCGCCUCUAGACUGAGGAGGACAGGAAGAACGUUACCCGCCUUCAGGAUCUGGUGGACAAGCUGCAGCUGAAAGUGAAAUCCUACAAGAGGCAGGCCGAGGACGCUGUGAGUGUGAAAUAUUCAACACAUGCAGCGCAAAUAAGCGUCAUGCCAAUAACACUUUUUUUAUUUUUGAAGCAGUAGAAGACUGACAGCACAGUGCAGAGUGAUUUACUGACUUUAGCUUUAAUUUUGUACGACUAAGAUUGUCCAAAAUAUCUAACUUUGAGUGUUAAUGUUGUCUUCCUGUAGGAGGAGCAGGCUAACACUCACCUGUCCAGGUACAGGAAGGUCACACAUGAGAUGGAAGAAGCUCAGGAGCGUGCUGACAUCGCCGAGUCCCAGGUCAACAAGCUGAGAGCCAAAAGCCGUGAAAUCGUCAGGGUACAUUCGUUUUUAUUUCCUUUUGAGCUCAAAAUGUCUGCUCCAUGACGGAUCAAUUCGUCUUUAACGCUGAAUAUUUCUGUGUCGAUUUUUAGGUGAAAGAAACCCAAGAGUGA